CCAACGUAUACAAACCAAACAGGAACAUGGCUACCGGUGUUUAAAAAACAACUCUUCAUCUUAAAAUAAGGCUUUGAUUGUCGGAUACGGCUUAUCACAGGACAAUAUCAGUGGCGUCCUUCAUAUCGGAGUGAAUCUGGCGUAAAAAUCCACGCACGGAUCAAGAAAAGUGAUUAAAAUCUGCGACUGCGUGACAGCUCAUCCAUAGACAGUCAAAAUGGCAAGUCCCAGGACCAGGAGAGUUUUGAAGGAAGUCAGGGCUGACGAUGAAAACAAUCUCUGUUUUGAGUGUGGAGCCUUUAACCCUCAGUGGGUCAGUGUCUCGUACGGGAUCUGGAUUUGUCUUGAGUGCUCUGGGAAACACAGGGGUCUAGGAGUGCACCUCAGCUUUGUGCGGUCAGUUACCAUGGAUAAGUGGAAGGACAUCGAGCUGGAGAAGAUGAAAGCUGGAGGAAACAGGAAGUUCCGGAUGUUUCUGGAGCUUCAGGAUGAUUAUGAUCCCAACUGGACUCUGCAGGAAAAGUACAACAGCCGGGCCGCCGCUCUGUUCAGGGACAAGGUUGCUACUUUAGCCGAAGGAAAGGAGUGGUCCAUCGAAACUUCCUCUGCCAAAAACUGGACUUCUCCUCAACCCAAGACCUCCCUGUCCUCCUCUCAUCGUUCAAGUGGAACGACACAGGACUCUGGGAAGUCAGGAGACAAGGCUUUUGAAGACUGGCUCAGUGACGACGUCAACUCUUAUCAAAGUGGAGGAGGCUACAGCGGGAACCAGGAAAACCGUUAUGUGGGAUUUGGUAACACAGUGACCCCAGAGAAAAAAGAAGAGGACUUUCUGAACAACGCCAUGUCAUCCAUAUAUUCAGGAUGGAGUAGUUUUACAGUUGGGGCAAGCAAGUUUGCCUCCUAUGCUAAAGAUAAUACAACAAAAUUAGCCAGCCAAGCCCAGCUGAAGGCCACUGAAUUAGGACAGACUUUAAAUGAGAGUGUUAUCAAACCCACUCAGGAAAAGGUCAAAGAUGGAAAAUUAUUAGAUGAAAUGGCUGUCGGCAUUUCUGGGCUGGCGAAUAAGAUGCAGGGAGCUGGAGCCAAAUUGACAAACCUCUUUACUGGAAAACCUGAAGAUGGAUCCACCGGCGAGAGCUACCAGAACAUGGACAACACGGAGGGCGGAUACCAGGGCGGAUCAAGCCAGGCCAUGGGCAAAGACUUCUGGGAAACUUUCGGCAGCAACAACUCCUUAAAAGCCAAGAAAUCCCCCAGUUCAGACAGCUGGACCAACGUGGAAAACUCCGCGUCCAACAAUAAGAACAGUGAAGAUAGCUGGGAGGCCUGGGAUAGCAACUGGGAGAAUUCAGAUGGUAAGAGCAAGAAGAGCCCCUCGAAACCAGUGGAAGAGAGCUGGGAUAAUGCAGAUUGGUGAAAACGCUAGAAAAAACAAUAAAUUAAUGUAUUUAAUGUGGAAACGUCAUCUCAUCUUUGGCACGUGCAGGGAGACAGGAGAGUCCGGAAGUGCUGUAGUUAUGUAAAAAGACCCAAAAGGUUUUAAGAUGGAUUAUACAGCAGAUUUUAAGCAAAAAGCGUUGUUAAAUUAAGAGAUAUGACGAGGGCUUGUCAAAUGAAAUCGCCUGUUUUUGCAUAGCUGGUGAACACUAUUUGAAUUGAACUGAACAGGAAAAAGUACAAAGGCUCAAAUAACAAAUUUUCUUGAACCUACGAUUAUCCUAACUGUCCAUUUUUCUUUAUUUUUUUAAGCUAGAGUAUUACUUAAAAAGCUCUGAUCAGUCAGUUUAAAGGUGCAUUGUGUACCUUUUGCUUUGUCUGGAAUGUUUCACAGUGUUCACUACCUUCAUGGAGACCAGACCAAGUUACAGGUCAGAUCUGUCACACACUAAGUCAGAAUGCCUGUUUUUCUAUGUAUUUUUGAGCUAUAAAACCACCUGUAAAUGACUAAAUGUAAAACCGCUGUUUAAUGUCACACUGUGGAACAUUCCAGGCAGAAAAAUUACAUAUCUGCAGAAAUAAGCAGGUGACAGACCACCAACCAAAAAGUUACAUAGUGCACUUUUAAACUAAUAUUUGAUUUUGGCAUUACUAGCACCUUGACGGAGUGUGGAGACGGUGCAGCCCUGACACAAACGAUCAGAAAUUCUCUAUUUAAUAUUGUAAAUGUUAGAUGUCUAUACUGUAAAAUUGGUCCUUGGGCUGGAAUAACGUAGAUUAAUGCAUGGUUUUAACGUCUGGAAUCUUAAAAUGACAUGCCUGUAUAUACAGAUUAGAAUAUUGUAAAUACAAAGUCCACAUCACAUCAGUUCUGUAGCCCGAUCGAGACCCAUUCAUCAAAUUAGUGAACUGGUUUUGAAUACUAUUUAAUUCAAACCUAAUACAUCCUACCUGACCAAUCAUAGCUGUUUAUCUCAAAAGGAGGCGGGCCUUUCUUGAUUUUUAUGUCUCUAAUUCAGGGGUCUUCAACCUUUCUCCUCCGGCGAGCUGCUUUUACCAAACCAUAACGCCAGAAAGCUACUCAUUUUUGUGUUUGCAAGAAAUUUAGUACAUAUAAGAGUUGGGAUGGGCAUGAUUAGUCGAUUAAUCGAUAAUUGAUCAUUAAGAAUUUCGUCGAUUAUGUUCAUUUUUAAUUGACAAACUGAAUGUAGGUUGCUUUGCGUCCUAUAUUCCACUGAGUCGUGUCCUUUAGUCCGACAGAAGUUGGCCGCAUCAGCGCACAAGAACUGUUUUUUUUCUUUGCUUAGUUUAUGCAAAUUAGCCAUGCGGUUUUAAAGUUUCGUUUCUGUGAGACUUGCAUAAAGCUGCAUUAAACACAUUAUAAUCUCAAAUAUAAUUGGUCUGAUGUGGCUCUAUAGUGGUUACGGUUUAUAUGUCAUAAAGUUGAAUUAUUUAUGCAGAUUAGUGGUGCAGAUAGUAAUAAUAAUGAUGAUCAUUUUUAUAUAAAAACAUUAAUAAUUAAUCAAUAAUCGAUCAUUAAUUCUCCCGAUGAUCGAUUAAGAAAAUUUAAUCGAAUGCCCAUCCCUAUAUAAGAGGCACAGCAAGCCUUAGAUAGGGUAAAGUUAGACGCCUUUAAACCAUAAACCAUUAAGUUUAUAAAGUUCGGCAUCAAAAUUAUACAUUUACAAUGCCAAUUAAUACAACUUUAGUUAUUCAGCACAGUACGUAUAAUUCAGAAAUCCCUUGGCGAGCUACAUUGAAGGGGGUGGAGAGCUACUGGAAGUUAGUAGUGCAUCUUGAUGAAAAGUUAUCAGAUAUUUUUAAACUUUUUAUGAAUUCCUCAAAAUGAUCAAGAGAUUAAAAUUAUCUGAAAUAUUGUAUACUAAAUUGUGUAAUAAAUUAGCAAAUUAUGAUACAAAAAGUUAUUAUUUUAUUAAAGCCUAGUGUGUUUUUUUGUUUUUUUCAAUAGUGCGUUUUUUUAUGUACUUGCUGCCCAAAAUCAUGUGUAUAAAUAGUAUAAAAUGUGUUAAAUGUGCAGGAGAGUGCGUUUUGACGUUUGAAAGUGUAUGGGCCAUUGACUGAGUGCCUGAGAUUGGUUAUUUUGAUAUAGCCAGACCAGUAUCAAGAUCAGCUUCAUAAACUCAACUGCAGCUUGGUUAACUGUUUUACAUGGAUUUUAUCUUUUAAGCAGAGGUGGUAAAAAGAAAAUACCGAUUUGAUACGGUUCAAUAAAAAAUAAAAGCUAAAUCAUGACUAUGAUACUAAAAUACUUUGUUAAACCACUUCUUGUGCAAAGUUCAUACGAAACACAAACAUUUUAAUCCUCAAAACAGUAAAAAUGUCAAAUGUGUCGCAUAAAUGAGUUUCCUUUCACUCCACAAGCAACAAAACUGUAGCACUGUCACAAAAUAAUUUAGUAAGACACACCUAAAAAUACUCUUGGUGAUAUAGCGAUACAGCAGCCUACGAUAUCGAUACUGUAUCAUCACAUUAAACGAUACGAUAUAUCGAUAUUCCGAUAUUUUUGCACACCCCUAAUUACUGCCAUUACUAAUUCUUCAAGUAUCAAAUAUUGAAUGUAAAAUUUGCUUGAGUAAGUAAUUUGAGAGUUAGUACUGAUACUACUGCAGCUAAUACUCGUGAUCCCAGGGCCUACUUGGAUGAACGCAUUACCAAACCUACGAAAGAUUCAGAAACAUGUAUUAUUUAACUUUCUUUAAUUCAGUUAAAUUUUUUGAAUAGCCCACAAUCACAACAGCAGUCUCCUCACGGGGCAGAAAGUGAGAAAAUCAAACUUAUUAAACAGUCCUGAGCUACUUUCCACCUCUGCUUUUAAGAUGACACUUCCUUGUACAAUUAGCCCUAACCAAGAUUUUAUGCAAUCAUUUCAUGCAAAUUUUACUGCGACAUGAGAGGUUUCUGAGUUUUACAUACGUUCUAUCUUUACUCUAAUGCUGUUAUUUUUUGCCUUAAACACAUGUCUGUUUCCUUUCACAUACAAACCACACACGAUUCUAAACCAGGCACAAUAUAUUAGCAUUUUCAAAACAGUAGGCUCCAUGCACAGCAACAUGCUAGCUAGCUCACUAUAUCUUAAGGCUAACAGUCACUUUUUAAAAAAUACCAAUAACAAUCUAUUAAAAUUCUAAUUGAUUAAAAUAAAGACAAUCCAAUAAUCUUUAUAAGUAAAGUGGUUUGUAUUUUGAAGUAGUUUGUAGCGUUGUUUUUAAUGUUUAUUAUGCCUCAAAAUUAGCAUUAGCGUUAUCAUUAGCAUUGAGACCCAAACAUCUCUCCUUCUAAAGUAGGGUGACCAAACGUCCGUUUUUACCCGGACAUGUCUGUAUUUUGCGUCUUGUCCUGGGCAUCCGGGUUUUUGUUUUUUUUAAAGUGAUGGAAAUGUCCGGGUUUUCAUUACAGUUCAUUGGGGGCAUUAAAUUGAUCGGCUUUCGUAGUUCUCUGUGACUCAGAAGGAGUGAGCAAACACAAACAGUCGGUCAGUCUGCAACAUACCGAAGCGUAAAUGCGCAUUCAACAAUGACUUGUACAAGAAAUUCUCAGUUUUCCGUCCCGGUCGGGACAAGUGGGAGGUCAUGUGCACAGGUUGUGAGGUGAGAGUACAGUGGUCCCUCAUUUAUCGCGGGGGUUACGUUCUAAAAAUAACCCGCGAUAGGUGAAAUCCACGAAGUAGUCAACUUUAUAUUUUACAAUUAUUAUAUCUGUUUUAAAGCUGUAAAACCCCUCACCACACACUUUAUACACUUUUCUCACACAGGACAGUUACAACCCUUUUUGCAUCCUUCUUAAAACUUAUUGCUGCUUUCGUCCUUUUGUUAUUUUCCUCCUUCUUUAUGUAACGAACCCCAGAUUCAUUUAUUCCGUAAUAGAGCCCUACAGCGCAGAGUCCUGCACGGGUCCAUUUUUGGAGACCCGCAGUACAACACCGCACCCGCCCGUUAACCCGUGAUUAUAUCAAGCUUUUGCGCUGCCUACGCCAUGGACUGAACCAGGACUGAACCAGGACUGAACCAGGACUGAACCAGGACUGAACCAGGGCCGGAGGUGACCGCAGGAGAAGGGACCGAUGGGAGCUCCACACCUCACGGAGGUAAACGCGACAAUUGCCUGAUCGCGCUUUGCAGACAAACUGCUCGGCGUUCUCUUAAGUCCAAGAUUAGUCCUGGUUUAGACCGGGUUUAGUCCUGACCCACCCAUGUGUUUAAAAAAAUAAAAUAAAAAAUCAGCAAGACUGCGAAAGGUGAACCGCAAUAUAGCGAGGGAUGACUUUAGCUCAAUGUCGAGGCCCCACCUCCCACCCCCGGUAAGGUGUCUGGGUUUUCACAAAUGGAAAUAUGGUCACCCUAUUCUAAAGUAAAGAAAUACAUUUUAUAUGUGUACUUUUGACCUCCACCUGCAGCUCACUGUUCACUGCCUUAUCUUUAAAUACUUAUUCAUUUUAGCAUGACUCUCUUAAAAACCACAGAGAUAAAAUUAAACAGGAAGUAGUGAUGCUAAUGGUGCUGUUCUUCAUGGAGCCCACUGAUCGAACCUCUUAUUAGAAUUAUGUGUAUUUUGUUUUUUAGUAGAGAUGGGACAAAAUCUUGUGCCACAAAAUCUUUUGAGAUGACUUUGUCCCAAGAUUGUGCACACAUGAGAAAGAUGAAUCUGCAUUUACUUUUGGACUGGACAAAAAGUUCACUUUCAGUUUCCUAACUUUUCUUGAAUCUGUAGUUCCAAGAAAACAGUGCUGUGGAGCUCAACAGUGACUGCCCAUCCCCAGUUCUGGAAGUGCAUUUCUUCAUUUUUUCCUGUAGACAUUCUGAAAAAAUUAAUAUUAAAUGUUUGAAACAUGCUCAGGCAUAAUCGGCUACGUGACUAUUGACCACAAGACUUAUAAUUUUAUUUUAAAAACUGCUUCUAAAAGUGUAUAAAUCAUGCAUUUUGCUGAAUCUUGCAUUUUAAUUGUGCUUUUUGGACUUAAAGAUGCGCUGUGUAACUUUUCUGGUACAGGGUCCACCACCUGCUGCUUGUCUCCAUGGUUAUGUAAUUGUUUUGCUUGCAAUGUUCCACAGUACGGUAUUUUACAUGUAUUCCAUUACAGAUGUAUUGCUUAAAAAUACCAGGAAAAACAUUGUAUCUUUAGUUGCUGAUGAGUUUAAUGCUUUUAUGGUGGAACAUUCCAGGGAAACAAUAAUAGCUCCAUAAAGACAAGCAGUUGGCAAACCUUCCACAAGAAAAGUUACACAGUGCACCUUUGAAAUAAAUACAUUAUGGAUAUUAGUGUGAUGCCUUUGAACUCUUAAUAUUAGAAUUUCUCGAAAAGUCUAUGGGAAAAAGUGAAUUUACUCCCUGAACUGAAGCGAGUCACUGUUGAGCUUCAUAACAACCACACAACUGUAGAUAAAUCUUAAAAUUUUGAGGCCAAAGUUGUGACCUGAAAUGCACAAUUAGACUUCUUAUUAAUGUCAAAAUCUCAUCUCGUUCUUCUGACCCCAAUCUCCUGUUGUAUCUUGCGUCUCGUCUCAUUGAAAUUGUCUCAUCCCUUGGCUAGUUUUUCACCGUUUUCAUUUAGACUUUUCAGAGUUGUAGUUCCAUAUUGGCUGAAACGCUUUACGCUGUACUAUGACACUUGUGUGGCCUUGACGUUGGAUAACAUUGACCAUGGGGUGAUGUUUAUGGACCAUUUCCUACCUCUUACACCACAGUUUACGUACCUGAAAUCUGUACUGUUUUUAUUUUUCUCGUUUUGAUGUUGUGACACUGCAAAUGUGUGAUAGUCAAAAAGUGUGUGUAGAUUUUGUGUGCAAUAAUCACUCCUGGAGAAUACACUAAAUCAGCCAUAACAUAAUGACCACGGAAUGGACAGGUGUAUCUUUAUUUUAUUUUACAUUUGGGGUAGGACUGAAUUGCAGUUUUGUAGCCUGUUUAUCAAGAUCCAUUCUUUUAAUCAGUGAGCUGGGUCUUUACACUUUCCAAUUCAAAACUAUUACAUGAUGAAGAAGUUUUAACAGCCUUUUCUCUCCCCAUUUUUAUUUGGUUCAAGUCAAGAUUCUUAGCGCUUCUUCAUGAAAACCUAUUCUACUUUUUUUUAAGUUUAACACUCAAAAUGAUCGAGGGAUUAUGGAAAAUUAUCAAGGGAUAUUAUGUACUAAAUUAUGAUAUAGAAAGAUAUAUUUUUUGCAUUUGCGAUUUUUGUUUUAAUAAUAAGUUUCUGUUCAAAGUUCACAUUUUAAACAUGUCUGGAAAAAAUGACAAAAUGACUGGAAUAUGACAAGAAUCAACUUUUAGCAUUUGUUCGUACAGAUGUCAAAAUACAAAAGACAUCACAGUUUUUUAAGGUGGUCAUUAAAGGUGUGACUGAUUUUGUGUAUUUGUCAUAAUGUGUAAAAAUGUGUUUAUUUUUUCUUCUAUUGUUGAUGCUGUGAGUCGUGUAUGUGUCACUCAAAUCAGGUCAUUUUAACAGUCAUCACAGUGAAACGAAAUGAACAACGCUUUCCCCGUAAAUAGCUUUUUUAGUUUUACAGAAUUACCCAAUGCAUUAGCCACGUCAUCAUUUUCACUUCCAUGAUCUGAGACGGGGUGUGUAUCUGUGUUUGUACAUAGAGACUUACUGUCACAAAUACUAUUUUUGAUGUCGAGCAUGAUGUACCCCUGUUCUAAUGGUGUGUGCGCCCCAGUGUUACUACAGCUCACUGAUGCAGGCUGUGGGAUCUACACUGACUUGUGUGUAAAAUAAAAUUACUGUGCUGUGACUGUAAAACCA